AUGACUCGUAUGAACCUCACAAUUAGAGAACUCACAGCUAGUACUUUGUUUCCUGUCAUCAAUGCAAGAACGUCCUAUAAUUUGUUGCUUGGGCGACCCUGGGUCCAUGGAAAUGGUAUAGUUAUGUUAACUCUCCAUCAAUGUUUUAAAUUUGACCAAGGUGGAAUAAAGACGGUGUUAGCAGAUGACAAGCCAUUUACAGAAACUGAGUCUCACUUUGCUGAUGCAAAAUUUUAUUUGGAUUCCAAUGGGAUACCUAAAGUUAUUCCAGUUGAAAUCCCUUCUGUAAGAAAAGAGAAAAUGAAUGAAGAAAAACAAGUUGUGUUGGACUUCUCAAGGGAAGACGUAUCAAGUGGCAAAAGAGCCACAACAACAUCCUUUAUCCUCAAAAUGCCAUGCAAUGACACAAGUCUUCAGGGAUUUGUUAGGCCUUCACAAAAUUCUAUCGAACACGGCUCCUUACCUGAAGGACGAAUGGAAGGGUUUGAUCCACAAGCAUACAAGCUUCUAGCCAAGUCAGGUUAUGACUUUGCUGAUCCCUCAUCACUAGGAGAGUUAAGUCUUGAACUUAUAGGUGAGAAAGUUCAUGGUCUUAAUGAAACUCAGAGAAAGUUAAGAAAAGGCAAGAACAAGAGAAGUACAACGACAAUUGAGUUGAAUUCUACAAAGGAGGAUGAUGAGACUCGAAGUUUGAUUCUUUCUCGCAUGAAACACAUGACAUCACUUGAAGUUAGUGUUGAAGGUCCGCUUAAGGUCAAAAGGCACACUAUCAUACUAACUGGAGAAGUUAAGACUCAAGCGGAAAGUAAAAGAGAAGAAGAAAUUGAACAUGUUGGUUCUCACCAUGUAACAGUUGAAGAAGACUCUAGCUCAGAUUCGGAGGAUGAUGAUCUCCAAGAAGCUCCACCAGAACUUGAAGAUGGGGGGCAAUCAACUGUUGACAAUUUGAACAACUUGGGAACUCCUGAUGACCCUCGACCAAUCUUUGUGGGAACACUCUUAACGCCUGAGGAUGAAAAGACAUUUUUUGAACUGCUCCUCGAAUAUAAAGAUGUCUUCGCAUGGGCGUAUAAGGAUAUGCCAGGUUUAAGUCCAAAGGUUGCUGCCCAUCACCUUGGGAUCAAACAUGGUAUACGACUAGUAAAGCAGGCUCAUCGAUGCAUCAGACCUGAGCACAUCCUUAAAGUGGAAGAAGAAGUCGACAAGUUGAUCAAAGUUAGGUUCAUACGUGAAGUAAAAUAUCUGACAUGGAUAUCAAGUAUGGUCCCAGUAGUCAAGAAGAAUGGAUAG